AUGCCAAAGGGAAGAACCAUCCAAAAAGUUGUCCAUGCUGUACGCGCUCGAGAUGAUGGCCUUGGAGCAUUGGUCAAGAGACUGAUUGGCAAUAAGGAAACUCCCAAAUUUAAUCCGUUUUUGAUAUUGGACCACUUCAAGUCUGAUGGUCCCGCUGGGUUUCCUCAACAUCCUCAUGCCGGCCAGGAAAUCAUCACUUACUGUUUAGCUGGUAAGAUUUGUCAUGAAGAUUUUACUGGGUCAAAGGGGAUAUUGUACCCUGGUGACCUUCAGUUUAUGGCUGCUGGGAAGGGUAUUGUCCACUCUGAGAUGCCGUUGGAAGAUAACGACGGGACCAAUGCCCAAUUGCUUCAAUUGUGGAUCGACUUACCGAAUAAAGUGAAAGAUGCACCUGCCCGCUAUUUCGACUUACGAGAAUGGGAAGUGCCCAAAUUUGUCAGUGCCGACGGCGACAUCACUGUGAAAGUGGUUGCGGGAAAGCUGUAUGGUGUUGAAUCGCGUAAGAACUUGACGUAUACGGGAGUGGAGUUCUACCACUACAUUUUGAAACCAGGAGCUACCUUCACUCAACCCGUAAACCCCGACUAUAAUUACUUCCUUUAUGUGUUCAAAGGACUGGGACUCAGAGUGGUUAAUACACCGGCUAAAGAGUUUGAUAAUCUCUUCUUUAACCGAGACGGUGACACUAUAAGUGGAAGCACUACUGGCGACGUUGAGUUUGUUCUUGUUGGCGGUGAAGUAUUGGAACAGCCCCUGAUCCACUUAGGCCCGUUUGUUGCGGUGAACGAAGCUGAUAUCAACCAGAAGUUUGUGGACUACGAGAACAGUCGCAAUGGGUUUGAGAACCGUAAGACGUGGCGUUCGCUUAUUUCUAAUGGGGUCACUGAUGCUAUGAUCAACGGACCGUUACAAGGCAGUCCUGAACAACGGGAAAAGCAAAAACAACAGUACUUGCAAUACCAUCAGAAGCCACGGUCUGUUGACGCCGACGACGUCAACGACGAGCCGUAUCGGGGCCAGACGGUGCUCAAACACAAGGAAAAGGAAUUGGCAUGA